AUGGUACACGUUCACAUACCAGAGGAAAUUAUUGUUGAGAUACUCUCCAGAUUACCGGUGAAAUCGAUUUUGCAAUUCAAGUUGGUUUGCAAGUUAUGGAACUCUUUGCUAUACGAUCCUCGAUUCAGUUUGGCGACUAAAGGUAGAGAACGCGCGAUGUUCUGGUGUUGUGGCAAAAGAUGUUUUAGUUCUUUAGACGAUCAGUAUGCAAUCGAAGAGAUUCCUAGGCAAUGUUGGUAUCGACCGUAUUUAGAUUUUCUGGGAUCUUGUAAUGGUUUGGUGCUCUUCAGUACUUAUGAGACCUGGUACUGCUACUAUAAUCAUUGUAACUUCUACCUUUUGAACCCAUCAACAAGAUCUUUCAGAGGUUUGAUCAACUUUAGCGGUAGGAUGUUGUUUGGUGAAAACCGUAUAACUUAUUCUCCAGUGGCCUAUGGACUUUGCUUCGACAAGUUGUCAGAUGAUUACAAAGUAGUAAUGGUGUAUUAUUCAUCAAUUCCUUCUCAAAGGGCUUUGGUUGUCAGCUUGAAGAGGGGAACAACUUUGAGAGAAGUUAGUCUCCCCUACAAACUCAGGGGAACAGCGGUUUUAGCCACCGGUAAUUUACAUUGGAUAGAUAAAAAUGAUGACUUGAUUGUUUGUUUUGAUGAAACCACCAACAGAUUUAGCAAAUUACCCACGCCAGCGGUGGUACGUGGUGGGAAUAAUACUACUUACAGGCUGGGAAUUUUGGACGGAUGCCUUUGCAUGUCUAGAUAUACCGCUGGAAUUUAUACAUCCAAGUGCGAGCUCUUUGUCAUGGAAGAAUAUGGUGUGAAGGAAUCUUGGGCUACUUUGUGCGCUAUAUCUGGUGGAGCGAAUUUGAGCAGUGUAAGCGGGUGGGAGCCUCUCUUCUACACCAAGUCCGGCGAGGAGUUAUUGAUCUCAGGCUUUCAUUGCAUAUUGGCUUACAAUGUAAAAACCAAGUCACUCAAGGAAAUUCACACAUAUUCUGCCCAGGAAUCCUAUGUUGGUCCUCUUAGGUAUGAGGAAAGUCUGAUACCCGCUGGUGGAUGUGAGGAGCCCUACAAGCACUUGCAAGAGUUUGACGUCGUUUGCAACAGUAUGAAGCCUCCGGGAAUUACUGAAGAGCAAAUAAAGAUGAGGGCCUUCCCCUUCUCUUUGAAGGAUUCCGCAAAAGACUGGCUCUACUACCUACCGCCUGGUAGUAUCACCACGUGGGAUCAACUGAAGAAAAAAUUCUUGGACAAGUACUUUCCGGCAUCUCGAGCUGCAAGCCUAAGGAAGGAGAUAUGUGGCAUCAAACAACACCCAGGCGAGUCACUCUAUGAGUACUGGGAGAGGUUUAAGAAACUGUGCACCAAAUGCCCUCAGCAUCAGAUAAGGACAGAAGCAUAA